AUGGUACUCCAGCCACUUGAGUUCAGCGAAUGUUUGACUGACAGUCCGUACUUUCGGGAGAAAUUGUUAUGCCACGAGAAAGAACUGGAGAAGACGAGCAAGGCCAUCAAAGGAUUAGUGAAGGAGUGUCAGGAUUUGAUGACCGCUGCAAUCCAAUUAUCCAAGGCCCAGAAAAACUUCUCAAAAUUGUUGAUGGACUUCGAACUUGAAUGCAUUGGCUCUGAAAAAACUGACGAUGAAGUCAUGAUAGAGGGAUCUCUAAGAGAAUUUGGUCGAAUUAUUUCAUUAAUUGAGGAGAGUCGAUCUGCCAUGAUCGAAAGAGUUCAAAAUGCUGUGCUCGUUCCGUUAGAUAAGUUCAGGAAGGAAAAAAUUGGGGAAGCAAAAAAAAGCAGACAGGUUUUUGAGAAACAGACAAACAAAUUCUAUCAGACCCAAGAGAAGUACUUGCAAUUGAAGCCAAACAAAGUAACGGAGCAACAACUGCUAGAUGCCGAUGCAACGUUAGAGUUAGAGAGGCAUAGUUUCUGUCAGGAUUCUAUGACAUACGUACUAAGACUACAAGAGGUUCAAGAGAAAAAGAAAUUCGAAUUUGUCGAACUGCUCCUUCAGUUUAUGUACAGCUGGCUAACAUUCUAUCAUGAAGGAUAUGAAUGUUACAAUGACUUUCAGCCAUCUAUGAAAGAACUUAGUUCAAAUCUACAAAAAUGUCGGGCGAAUUUUGAUUCAACUCGUAGUGAGGCAGAAAGUUUGAUGAAAAAGAUGCUGGAUAAUAAGAAUGAACACAUCAUGAACAACAGGCUGCUAACCAAAGUUGGAUACCUCUUCAUGUUUGAAAAAAAAGCCUUAACAACUAGUUGGACAAAAUAUUAUUGCGAGUAUAACAAGGAGCAGAAGAUGCUGUCGAUAAUACCAUACAACCAACAGACAGGAAAUACAAAAACUGCAAGAGAGUCAUAUACACUGACAUCAUGCACUAGAAGAGCUGGCGAAAGCAUUGAAAGGAGAUUUUGCUUUGACGUUACCGUGCAUGAAAAGAGUCAGCCGCUUACGUUCCAAGCAAACUCCGAAGAUGAUAGGAGAUCGUGGCUGGAAGCGAUGGAUGGACGAGAACCUGUUUGCCUGCUGGAUGACAUUGGUUUCAGUUUCAUCAAAAAAUGCAUCCAAGCAAUCGAAAUGAAGGGCUUACAAGAUGAAGGGCUAUACAGAGUUGUUGGAGUCAAUUCGAAAGUCCUCAAACUUACUGCAAAGUUACUAGACAGGAAAAAGGCCGACAAGAUUGACCUUCUAAAUGACCCAGAAGGUGAUUGGGAGAUGAAAACUAUCACAAGCGCUCUAAAAAAUUAUUUCAGGGCUCUCCCCGAACCACUGCUUACUUUCAAGCUGCAUCACAAGUUUAUCAAGGCUGCAAAGCAGGAGUCAAAGACCCUUCGAGUGAACGACAUACACGAACUCGUCCACCAGCUACCAGAGUCCAACUUCGAAAUGCUCGAGUUACUCAUUGCCCACCUCAAAAAAGUGUCGGAGUAUAGUUCGAAAAAUUUGAUGGGCGUCUCGAACAUCGGGGUUUGCUUUGGACCCACCCUGAUGAGACCCGAAGAAGAGACCAUGGCCGCCAUCAUGGACAUCAAAUUCUGCAACCUGGUCGUAGAAAUAUUGAUAGAAAACUACGUAAAAGUAUACGCUUUUGAAGCGAAUGACGCGCCUUCUAACGCUGCGACACCAGUUACUGUUCUUAGACAGACGAAUAGUAGAUUCACGACAGUAACGACGACGACGAAUACGCCUGUUCAGCCAUCGCCCAUGUCAUCAAAAGAAGCUCUAGUGGCUCCGUACAAUCAGAUCAUGCGCAACCACAACCCAGCCAAUCGCAAUCAGUCGCAGCAGCCGCAGCCAUCUAGUGGCAGCCAGCCACGAUCGAUUUCUGCGUUUGCCAGCCCAUCCUUACAGCAAUCUUCCCAUUCGUUGACCAAUUACAACUUGAGAAGUUCCGAUUCUCCUAUUGAGUCCCUUAACUUCAGAUGUUCCAACACCAGCGUAGCCACGAACCAAUCAAAUUUCUCCACCACUCCCAACUGGCCAAUUAAAUCGAUCAACAACAGCAAAUGGGCCAAUUAUAACUCGGGCUUGGGCGGCUCCAGCGCCGAUGGAAUGAUGACUAUUUCUUCGGUUUCAUCUACUGGCAGCAAAGACGAAGGCAGUAGCAGAAGAAAUGCCAGGACUUUGUAUUCAUGCACGGCUGAGAACGAGUCAGAGUUGAGCUUCGAGCCGAACGAGAUCAUAAGAAAUGGUUGGAAUUUUCCAAAAAUUCUUUUUGAGCCUGGCUGGUUGGAAGGAACGCUGAAUGGCAGAUAUGGCAUGGUUCCGGCAAACUAUGUGGAAUUUAUAAAUUAAAUCAUUAAUAAUAAUUAUUAUUAUACUUAUAAUAAUAAUUAUAAUAAUAAUAAUUAUUAUUAUUAUAGCUUUAAUUAUUUAUAUCUCUAACUUAAUUAUUUAUUCAGUUAAUUAUUUAAUUGUGAUUGAAUGUGUUUCAUGUUUUUAGCGAAAUUUUUUCUCUUAAA